UUCAUUUGGAUUCGGCUCUCGUUCGGCUUUCAUCGGGCCAGUCACGCCUAGACUCGUUCAAAAAGGGAAACCAAAAUCAUUCCACGGCGAUAUACCAAGACUGAUGCUCUUGUCGUGGAAUUUGUGCAGGCGGGUUUUACCAAACGACCUAGGAUAUAGUAAUAAAAUGUUGUGAUUUCAAUUGAUUGUGGUGAAUAGUGAUUUCAAUAUAAGUAACAAACAGUGACAGUGGAAUACAAAGAAGGAAUUUUGUGAAGUGGUGCAAUAAUUCAGUGCUAACAAUUUAUCGGAUUCCUAAGGAUUGUUGCCUAUUCCCUGAGAGAUCACUGAAGGUCUCCCGACAGCGCCCGACACACUAUGAGAGUGCGCCCCGCCUCUCAAAGCGUAUGAUUCUCACAUAGAACACUGCACACUUCACACCAAGCCCGGUCUCUUUACGCCAUGGCUCUCCUAUGUGGCUUGCGGGCGGGCUCGAGCGGCGGCGGCGGGCGGCGCGCGCGGUAGGCCCCCGGCCCCAUGCGCCCGCCAUGUGGCGCGUGCUGCUGGCCCUCGCGGCCGCGUGCGCCGCCGCGCGCGCUGCCCCCGACGUGGUGCGGACCUUCACGGACCCGGUGGCCGCGCCCACCUCGCUCUUCAACCACCUCGUCGUGGACCGGAACACGGGCCGCGUGUACAUCGGCGCCGUCAACCGGAUCUACCAGCUCUCGCCGGACCUGGACGUCGCGCAGUCGUACGUCACCGGACCCAAGAAUGACUCCGACUUCUGCACUUUCGAUUGUCCCGUGAACUCUGCCAAGAAGCUGACCGACAAUGUGAACAAGGCGCUCGUGAUAGACUACGCUACUAGUCGCCUGAUAACGUGUGGGUCGGUGUUGCAGGGGCUGUGCUCGGUGCGGAAUCUGCAUAACAUUUCCAAGGAUGUGCGCCAAGUGCGUGAGCCUGUCGUGGCUAACAAUCGUUCGGCUUCGACCGUGGCGUUCAUCGCGCCCGGACCGCCCAACCCACCAAUGACUCAAGUGAUGUACGUGGGAGUUACUUUCACUGAUAAUUCCGCCUAUCGUUCAGAAGUUCCUGCCGUGAGCAGUCGCUCUCUAGAGGAUGAUCGUCUCUUCAUGAUAGCACGGACAGCUGUCACCACCGGUACACGAAUGUUCGUGAAUUCAUUGUCUAGAGAAAGAUAUCCCAUAAAUUAUGUGUAUGGGUUCAGUUCGGAAGGAUUCAGCUACUUCCUGACGACUCAAUUGAGAGGAGUAGGAUCUGAUACAUAUUACAGCAAGUUGGUGAGAGUAUGUCACGAUGACGAGAACUAUUACUCUUACACCGAGAUACCUAUGUCCUGUACCGGUGAAGGAGGAGGAAAUUUCGGCUACAACCUAGUGCAAGCAGCAUUUGUAGGAAAAGCGGGAUCAGUAUUAGCUGGUGAACUUGGAAUCACAGCACAGGACGAUGUCCUAUUUGCCGCAUUUAGCCAAAGUGAAGCUAUCAACACGAAUACUCCUUCAGACCUCUCUGCACUAUGUGUAUACUCCCUCAAAGCAAUCCGACGCAAAUUCAUGCAAAACAUAAAGACAUGCUUCAGCGGAAACGGCUCACGAGGAUUAGAUUUCAUAUCGCCGUCUCAUGCAUGCAUCGGAACAAAGCUGCAAUCGAUCAGUGAAGAUUUCUGCGGGUUGGACGUGAAUACUCCGCUGGGAGGUGAACAACCUGUGGAGGCCGUGCCGGUGGCGGUAUUUACAAAGAGGCUAACAGCUGUAGCGGCGACCAGCACUGGAGAUUACACCGUGGUGUUCGCUGGGACUGCCGAAGGACAUCUGAAGAAAAUCGUGGUAGAGAGUGCCACUACAGCUUUCGAAUACGGAGACAUUGUAGUCGAUGAAGGCUCACCAGUGAAUAAAGACUUAUUCUUUGAUACUCAAUUAAUGCAUUUAUAUGUGAUGACUGAACGUAAAGUGUCUAAAGUUAAAGUACAAGAGUGUAGCGUCUAUAAAUCGUGUUUGACAUGCCUCGGAGCCAAAGACCCUUACUGUGGAUGGUGUUCCCUGGAAAACAAGUGCAGCCUCCGAUCAGACUGUCAAGACGCAGCUAAAGAUCCUUUGUACUGGAUCUCGUACCGCAGUGGGCGUUGCACCACCAUUACCCAAGUGACGCCAAACCAAUUGCAACGAACGACAGCAAGGACUCUAGAUUUAGUUAUUGAAAAUUUACCUACUCUUAAUGGACAAUUCUUGUGUGCAUUUACAGCUUUAGAUCGUACUUUAAUAACUAAUGCGACUAGGAAACCAUACGGUGUUAAUUGUACUACACCGCGUACCGACACGCUCCCGCCUAUACCCGCUGGUCAGCACCACUUUACGGCGAAACUGUCUGUACGCACCACUCAGGGACCGGACUUUGUCGCUACUAACUUUACCUUCUUUGAUUGUAAUACGUAUAGUUCAUGUACUCAAUGUGUUAGUUCCUUAUUCCCGUGUGAUUGGUGCGUAGACGGUCACCGCUGUACGCAUGAUACCGCUGAAAAUUGUAGAAAUGAUAUCUUAGUAACUGGUGUGAGUAGAGUCGGUCCGAGCUAUCGUUCAGGUCCUGGUUUUUGUCCAACCAUUAACUCUACGUCCGACGGCACAAAUGAAAUUCUCGUUCCUUCCGGUGUAAAGAAAGCUAUAAAAGUUAAAGUGCACAUAAUUGGUCAAUUUAUCGUACAAACUCGCUUCGUCUGCCAAUUUAAUAUAGAGGGUCGCGUAACGCACGUUAAUGCUCAACUUCUUGCCGACACUAUUUAUUGUGAAGCCGUAGAAUUUACGUAUACCUCGAGGGCCCCGAAUAUCACUGCAUCAUUCGCUGUAAUUUGGGGCGGCUCGAAACCGUUAGAUAAUCCGGAUAAUACCCACAUUCUCAUCUAUCGCUGUAAUGACAUGGCUGAUAAUUGCGGCAUUUGUCUCGCUCUCCCCGAAAAGUUUGGCUGUGGUUGGUGUCAGGGCUCUGAUCGAUGCGAAGUUCAAGAGCAAUGCGCCGUUCCAAGCGUGUGGUUGAACCGUACUCAAACCUGUCCGAAUCCGGAGAUACAUUCAUUUAGACCUCAAUUAGGCCCUUGGGACGGAGGUACUAACAUUACAAUCGAAGGCAUAAAUCUAGGUCGCAACAUAUCCGAUAUCUAUAACGGCGUCACUAUAGCAGGUAUCAAAUGCCAGCCUAUUAUAGAGUUGUAUGUUAAAACUAGGCGUAUCGUAUGCACUGUGGACGGCCCUGGCGAAGAGGUCCCGCGUGAUGGCCCCGUUGUAGUCCGUGUAGCCGACUAUCGCGGCGAGUCGAAACACCAUUAUGCAUUUGUAAAUCCGAAAAUAAAUUCUAUCCAACCGAAGUACGGACCUCAAUCCGGAGGUACUAAAUUACGGAUUACUGGGGAGUAUCUCAAUGCAGGCAGCAACAUUCAAGCGUUUAUCGAUGACUUGCCUUGCGCAAUAUUAUCGGUAUCUCACGAAGAAGCUGUCUGUCGAACGAGUCACUCUUAUCAGCUAAAGAUGGGAACUCUUGGAAUGCGGUUUGAUAAUGGGCGUCGAACACUCGAGCGUGAAAAGUUUGAAUACAUUGAAGACCCCGUGGUCGUUUCUGUCGAAUCUGGGCCUCCUCUUGCUACUCAACGCAAACAACCUAAAGGCAUUCCGUCUGGCGGCAUAAAUAUUAAGGUUAUGGGUCGCAAUUUCCAUUCCAUUCAGUUUCCUCAGAUAUACGUGUAUCACGACAAUCGGCCCUAUAUUGCGCCUUGUCAUAGAGUAGACUUUCAAACACAUCUCAUAUGUGAAUCUCCCGGCAUAGAAAGUGCCAGUUUAACUCUGGAUCCUGAUAGGCCUCUCGAAUUAGAAUACGGUUUUAAUAUGGACGACGUACAAAGCGUGCAAAAUCUGACUAGUAAAACGGGGGAUGCAUUCUUGCUAUAUCCUGAUCCGAUUUAUGAAAAGUUCGAUGAGGACGUAAAGUAUUACAAGUCAGAAUAUUUAACGAUUAAUGGUCAGCACUUGGAUAGGGCGUGCACUGAGAGUGACGUGGAGGUGCGUAUUGGUGAGAGCGUGUGCAACGUGACGUCACUGUCGCGGCACCAGCUGACGUGCCGGCCUCCGUCGCGUGACGAGUUGCCUGACGGAGUCGACACUCCGGAGGUAAUUGUCAAAGUCGGACGCGCUCUCACCUACAAGAUAGGUAAAUUAUCUUACUCAUCGCAGGCCGGCUUACAAGGCGCUAUAGGUAAGCCGGUACUGUUCGGCGUAAUCGCCAGUAUAGUUAUUCUCAUAUUAGUGUUUGUCGUGUUUCUAGUUAUGUAUAGGCGAAAGUCUACUGAAAACAUUAGAGUAUUAAAGAAUAUGCAAGAGCAAAUGGAUAUCUUAGAGUUAAGGGUAGCCGCGGAGUGCAAGGAGGCAUUCGCUGAACUUCAGACUGAAAUGACAGAUUUGACGGGUGAUGUCACGGGAGGUAUUCCAUUCCUGGAUUACCGCACAUACGCCAUGAAAAUCUUGUUCCCCAAUAUCGACGAUCAUGCCGUCCUGCAAUGGGAACUCCCAGAGCUUAUUAGAAAAGAAAAGGGCUUGAGAAUGUUCGGGCAGUUGAUAAUGAACAAAACAUUCCUUCUAUUAUUUAUUCGUACUUUAGAAAGCAAUAGGUAUUUUUCGAUGCGUGAUCGUGUAAAUGUAGCUUCUUUGAUAAUGGUUACGUUGCAAAGUAAGAUGGAAUAUUGUACUGAUGUUUUAAAGACGCUAUUAGCUGAACUUAUAGAAAAGUGCAUGGAAGGUAAAAGUCACCCUAAAUUAUUGCUUAGACGUACCGAAAGUGUAGCUGAAAAGAUGUUGAGCGCGUGGUUUACAUUUUUACUUUACAAGUUCCUUCGUGAAUGCGCUGGCGAACCGCUGUAUCUCUUGUUCAGGUCAAUGAAAGGUCAAGUUGAUAAAGGACCCGUAGACGCAAUCACGUCGGAAGCGCGUUAUUCACUAAGCGAGGAAAAACUUAUCAGGCAGUCCAUAGAUUUUAAAAAUAUAUCAGUAACAGUGUCUAUAUCUCAACAAACCGUGUUCGUUAGCGGCCUAGAGACAACCACAGAAAACGUGCAAGUAAAAGUUCUCGAUUGCGAUACCAUCAGCCAAGUGAAAGAGAAGUGUUUAGAUGCUAUUUACCGCGCUACUCCGUAUUCACAAAGACCAAGUCGUGACGAGCUAGACUUAGAAUGGCGCACGGGCGCUAGCGGUCGAUUAAUUUUGUACGACGAAGAUACUACCACUAAAUGCGAAGGGGAGUGGCGUAAACUAAACACACUCAACCACUACCGGGUUCCAGACGGCGCGUGUCUAAGCCUUGUCGCAAAACAAAGCUCCGUUUACAAUUUAUCAAACAUGGAAAAGAACGACAAAUCGCAUACGUACGAAACUCUGAACCGCGGCAAAUACGGCUCGGCCAGUCCACCAGCCAGCCCGCUCAAAUUCGAACAUGGCGGCGGCUUCAAGUAUUGGCAUUUAGUGCGGCACCACGACGGCGAUGCGCAUAAAGAGGGAGAACGUGGAAAUAAAAUGGUCUCCGAAAUAUAUCUUACGCGGCUUCUCGCCACAAAAGGCACGUUGCAGAAGUUUGUCGAUGAUUUAUUCGAGACUAUUUUCAGCACAGCUCACCGCGGUUCCGCGCUUCCUCUAGCUAUAAAAUACAUGUUUGAUUUCCUAGACGAUCAGGCACUGCAGCAUGCCAUAUCCGAUCCCGAAGUAGUGCACACUUGGAAAAGCAAUUCUCUCCCGCUACGUUUCUGGGUAAACCUUAUCAAAAAUCCCAACUUCGUAUUCGAUGUUCACAAGUCCAAUACCGUAGAUUCGUGCUUAUCUGUAAUCGCGCAAACGUUCAUGGACUCUUGCUCCACAUCCGACCAUAUCCUCGGCAAAGACUCGCCCUCUUCCAAGCUUUUGUACGCGAAGGAUAUCCCCGUGUACAAGGAGUGGGUAGAGCGCUACUACGCGGACAUAAAGCUGAUGCCGGCGAUCUCGGACCAGGACAUGAACGCAAUGCUCGCGGAGGAGUCACGGCUCCACACCAAGGAGUUCAACACGAACAGCGCUCUCAACGUGCUGUACGGGUACGCGGUGAAGUACAACGAGCAGCUCAUGGUCACUCUCGAGGAGGAUGAGUUCUCGCAGAAGCAGCGGCUGGCGUACCGCCUGGAGCAGGUGCACGGGCUCAUGGCGCACGACUACAACGUGUAAGCCCCGGGCCCGGCGCCCGGCUAGUUGCAAACACCCACCGCCCUGUAUAUAAAGCCCCCGCACAUAUCUAUGCUGGCAACUAUUGUAUAUAUUAGAUAGUGUACAGUCUUUAAUAUUGUAAUUUUUGUAUAAUUUCAGCGGUCCGAUGUCGUUUUUUAAUUUUAUAUAAUGAACUUUGUAUUAAUUUUACACGACGAAUUCGGCCGACCGCGGUCGUGCCGCCGUAUGCAUCGUAAAAUAAAUUGUGUAUGUCUGUCUAUGUGUGCUCGCGUCGUACGAGUUAAUGUUACGUCGAUCGGUGUAAUAAAAAUGUGUGUCGCAAAUGAAAUCGCAUGUGAGCUCGCCGGCGAGAGGAUAAGUCGCUCGCCGACGGGCAAUUUUUAAAUUUGUACUCGCAGUCUACUUACGAAAUAACCGACAGUGAACCGGUGAACGAUUCCAUUAAUAAAUAUCGUCGAAUGUA